CAUCACUUCUGGGCAUUGACUGGCGCAACUGCUGGGCACUGACUGGCAGCACUGCUGGGCUGCACUGAUGGGCACUGGUGGGGCACUGGUGGGCACAGGGUGCGUGGCACUGGUGGGCACAGGUGGGUGGCACUGCUGGGCAUAGAUGGGUGGCACUUCUGGGUGGCACAGGAAGGCGCACUACUGGGCACAGGUGAGUGCACUGCUUGACACAGGAGGGCGCACUGCUGGGCACAGGUGGGUGGACAGGUGGGUGGCACUGCUGGGCACCGAUCAUCGGGGCACU